UUGAUCUGGUGGGCAUAUGGUUGAAGGACGAAGGACAUCGAACCUGAUAGGUAUCCUCUACUAUUAGCAGGCCGUUUCCUGUCACCUAUGCCUGCCACUAAUAAGUGUCUGUGUCAUGAUUAUCAAAUUUGAUUACAAUUUUGUCACUCAAAUAAAAUGCCUUCAAGCGCUCCCUACGCGCCACUUUUCGCCUUCCUAUUAGUCAGCUCAGUUAGGUGUGACGUUGUUAGACCCCGCCGACAGGGCCUUCAUCCCCACGAAGCCGAUGAUCCCAACUUUGCAGUUCGACGAUGCAUCAAAUGCGAAAGUUACGAUGCUUGCGUCAAAAAAGAGGAGUGGGUAUUUAUGCAGUGCGCCAAAGAAACCAUCGCUUCAUUGCCAUUCGGUCAAAAUGAAAAAAUUUUCCGAAUAGCUUCGCACCCCGACCUUAACGAUACCAGCAAAUCGACACACUGUGCCAUCAUUCAAUGGCCUAAAUCGGAAAUACGGGGUUGCGUGCCGGAGAAUAUCAACGAAACGUUAUUUUGCAACUAUUUUGCCAAGAAAACGGGGGUGAAUUUGUCACUGUGUAGCACGUGUCCAGCGGAUGUUAAACCCUGUAAUGAUGAAGAACCGCCCCGAGAAGACAGGGCGGAACUGAGGGCUAAACAUAACGUUGGUUUUUUAUGCGUGUGUACGGCUCUUGCGAUUUUGAUAAGAUAAAAAUUACGUCUUG